AUGACGACCAAAUUGAAGCAGAAGCAGAGUCCAGCAGCCCAAAAUGGAGUCAUCUGCAUCUACAUGUUCCUCAUAUUCCACUCGCUACCUUACACCGUUGCACAAACCAGUAAUCAACCGCCGCAACCCUACACCGUUGCAGAACCGCCGCAACCUGACACCGUUGCACAGACACCGCCGCAACCUUUCGUUUCGUACAACUUCAACACCGGCCCCAGCCCUUCCGUGAUCAUCGCGCUCAUCGUCAUCAUAUGUGCCUUCACGUUCUUGUUCUUCUUCUCCCUCUGUGUCCACCAAUUUGCCCAGAUCAGAAACGAAGAAAACGUUCCCUCUAAUGGAGUGGAAGGCGGAGGAAGGUCACGAAGGCCACCUCGAGGGCUCGACCCAGCUGUGAUCGAGACUUUCCCAACCUUCUCUUACUCAUACGUGAAGGAUCACAAAUUGGGAAAAGAAUCUCUGGAGUGCGCCGUAUGCUUGAACGAGUUCGAAGAUGAAGAUACGAUUCGAUUGCUUCCUAAGUGUGAUCAUGUGUUCCAUCCUGAGUGUAUUGAUGCUUGGUUAUCUAAGCGCAAAACCUGCCCAGUCUGCCGAGCUAACCUGGUUCCUGAACCGGGCGAAACACCUGAAAUUACAAUACCGGUACAGGACAUAGAAAGUGAGUCCGAUGGGGAAAUUCCGAUAUCGGAACCAGGAGAGACAGAGAACCAGCAAGUUUCCAUUAAUGUAUUGGAAGAACCACAGGUGGUGGUGGUGGCAGUGGCAGUAUCACUGGAGGUGAUUAGUCACACACCAACGCCGAACCGGCUAGCGAGAUUGACGAAACAGAGAAACGCCGGGAGAUUUCCACGGUCGCAUUCGACUGGGCACUCACUGGUCCAACCGGGAGAAGACGUGGACCGGUUCACCCUCCGGCUGCCGGACGAUGUGCGGAAGCAAAUCAUGAACAUGAGGCUGCUGAAGCGGACUAGGAGCAUGGAGGCGUUCCCAAUUAUAGGGACUCCGAAGAAGGGUAACUGGACGACCGGUGAAGGCAGUAGCAAAGGAGGGAAAUCGAUGAAGGUGGAGAUGGGGGAGAAACCGGAAGGCUGGGUCUUCUCUAUGACACCACCUUUCUUCAUGAGAGCCUCUUCUCCUCGGCCACCGAAGAGUGCUCCGGUGACUCCUCGUCGUCCUUAACCCUUUUGGUCGCUGUUGGAAGUGACUAAGUGAGCUCGGAAGUUGAUGGAACUGGACCGUCGUUGACUCGCCCUCCGGUCCGACCGUCAUAUCUG